AUGGAUCACUAUAGAGAUGAGUCAACAAGAGUAUUUACUGAUAGGCUGAUAUAUCAAUAGUGAUAUGAGUAUGGUACAUCAUACACAGCCACAGUUCAGUGAGCCUCUCCUCAAUGGACAUGCUAUGGAGUCAGUAAGGAGGUAUCGCCGACAUGGUACCGCUCGUGGAGAGGUUCGAGUUGAUGGCACCAAAAAGAAUAUGCUGAUCUGCAAGGUUUUGAUGCUUGAUGGUACCGACAAACAAUAUGAAGUAAAGAAAAAUGCAAAAGCAGAGGAACUUUAUGAACAAGUGUUGUAUUCAUUGGAUAUUGUGGAAAAGGAUUAUUUUGGACUUAGCUUCACAGAUGCAGAACAGUCUCAUUGGUUAGAUCCAACAAAGCCACUCAAAAAACAAUUAAAAAUUGGCCCUCCAUACACCCUAAGAUUCCGAGUCAAAUUUUAUUCAUCAGAGCCAACAAAUCUACAUGAAGAAUUAACAAGAUAUUUCUUUUUUCUGCAACUAAAAAAUGACAUCUUAGAAGGCAGGCUAGUUCCACCAUAUGAGACUGCUGUGGAGCUUGCUGCAUAUGCUGUGCAAUCUGAACUAGGUGAUUACGAGGAUGAUAUGCACAAUGCGGAACUGGUGUCGGAGUUCCGUUUUUGUACCAAUCAGAGCGAGACUAUGGAGGAGGACAUUCUAGAAAAAUUCAAAACUCUAAAAGGUCAGACACCAGCUGAUGCUGAGCGAAACUACUUGAACAAAGCAAAGUGGUUGGAGAUGUAUGGUGUUGAUAUGCAUAGGGUCAUGGGUAAGGACAACAAUGAGUAUGGUCUUGGUCUUACUCCAACUGGUAUACUUGUAUUUGAGGGCAAGAACAAGAUUGGCUUGUUUUUCUGGCCGCGAGUUGAGAGGUUGGAUUUCAAGGGAAAGAAACUCCAUCUGGUUGUCAUGGAGGAUGAUGACAAGGGUAAUGAGCAGUCCCACACAUUUGUGUUCAAGCUUCAAAGUAGCAAGGCAUGUAAGCAUUUAUGGAAAUGUGCCGUAUCGCAUCAUUCAUUCUUCCGGUUAAAGGGAGUUCCUAAACAUAGAACAGAAAAGUCCGGAUUCAUCAGGAUGGGCUCACGAUUUAACUACAGUGGCAGAACAGAAUUCCAGUCUGCUAAAGCCAACAAGUUAAGACGCUCCUCCACUUUUGAAAGGAGACCAAGUCAGAGGUUCUCAAGACGGCCAUCUUAUGCUCAGAAACGAGCUGCGGCCGCAUCUAGCGUUGCUGCCAACGCCAUCGCAAUUUCCCAGCAGCGCCAGGCAGCCCGAGCAGCAGCGGCAAAAGCCGCAGGUUCUCCACCUGUAACGAAAAGCAGUACACUGCCUCGAGUUACAGUCGCAGCAGCGGUGUCACCAUUAAGCUCAGGUGUUACGACAACGUUUAUGACGCCAGCAAGGAAAUCGCCAGCCACUUCACCGACCCAGAUACCUAUAUCUUCUGCAUCUCCAACCUCAACAUCAUCGCAUGUUGUUGACGGUACGCCUCCACCGCCUCCCGACUCAUCUUCCAACAGCCCAAGGCUCUUUGAAAUAAACGUGGACACGGGCUCCAAAACCCCAGUCACCCCAGACUCUAUUACAAUACGUACUUCGAAACCAAUAUUAGUGGGUGAUUCGGUCAAGGUGGAAAGUAUAAAAGUGGAUAACUACAAAAUGAAUGGAGAAAUAUCAGCCACAGGUGCUGGCCUUUUAAGUAUAGAGGAACAAAAUGCUGCUCGUUUGAAAGGUCUGGAAGAUGCGCCGUGUACAAUCAGACCGAGAGUCAAUGGGUCAUCAAUUCCAAAUAACAAUCGGCAAACCAAGCCAUACCCAAGUGCAAACUUGGCCGCAGUUCAAAUAACGAACAAUUUACAGAAGGAAUCGUACACAGACUCACAAAAGAACACAAUGCCAACGAAAGAUAACGAUAAGUUCCAACAAGGACAGUUUCAACUUUUGAGUGCACCUACAGCAAAAGAGGGUACAGAGGAGGAAGCUGUUAACUUCAGACGUACCGCUUCUCUUCCACCGCAAUCUAGUGACAACUCUUUAAAGGUUAUGAAAAAUGCAAGCAGCUGGCAGAAUAUACAAUCCCAGUCAUCCCCAAUAGAAGUGAAUGGGACAACAAAUAUGAGUGGUACGCAAGCUGUGAACAUGAAGGCAGAUGCACCAGUAAACAUCCAUGCACGCCGUACCGGCAGCUCGGAGCUUCUCACUGUAAAUAUUAGCCGGGGACAGGCACCACGAAGUAACGGCAUGAAUCCCCCUGUUGCACCAAAACCUACACGUCAGGCCGAAUCUUCUACUUCCGUCACAAGCCAAUCGGCUACCAGCACUGCAACCAAUGGCACGCCUACGAUUAAAACUAGCAACAUCGUCAUUGAAACUUGCAUUGACGACCCUGUAACCCCCUCAUCCGUUCCGGCCCUGGUGAGCGCUUCCAAAUUUAGCGGGGUCCCCAAUGAUUCUCCUAUUAAGAUCGAGACAUCUCUGACAGGUGUCGUCAUCACAUCUUCAGAAUCAGUGCCUGACCUAAGAGGUGUGUCGUCCCCUCCCCCUCCUAGUUCCAGCGACGAUGUUGCUAGCCCUUCCAAUGGCAGCUGUAAGCCAGAGAGCACUGCCCAAUCUUUUGGUUUGAUUUUAGCUACUUCUGCGAGUACACCUAAUCGUUUAGAACAAUUGCAGAAAACAAAGAAAGUUAACAGUUCAACUUUACCUGCUGUGACUAGAAAAACGUCUGGCCAUGGAACCAGUUUUGCUCCAGCCGUUACCACCAAUGUAACGCGGCAGAGAUCUGGCAACGGAAUUUCUCCAUGGCAUGUUGAAACCUAUCCGGAUCAAUCAAUUCAGACAAGAAGUACAAUGACAACAGAACUAUAAUGAACUUAAUUGAGUUGAGUAUGGAUGAUGUUUACCUGGUACAGAUACUAUUCGCCUGUUACUGAGUCUACAUUGUGAAAGCAUUCACCUAUUAUGGAAGCUGUUUACCUAUUGUGGAAUCUACAGGUAUCCCUGUGGUGGAAGCUGUUUACCUGUUGUUGGAGAUAUUCAUAUUUGGAGCUGUCGCUUGUGAAUUGUUGAAAAUACUGAUGCUAUUUGCAGGCAACAACUUGAGAGAAUUUUAGGGUUACAGUGAUGGCUAUGGAAAUAUCAGUUGUCUUUAAUAACAAGCAUCAUUUUAUCUCAAAUAUGUAUUUAAUAUCUGCUAGAGGUAGCGUAAAUGUCUGGCAGAUAAGUUUACUCAUGUUAUCUUUAAAGACGAUAUGAUAAAAUGUAUGGUGAUUUAUAGUCCAUUCACUUGUUCCUUGACACUGUGUAAACAUUUUGUUUUGCACAGACUAACUAAAAAAAACCUUGCUGUUUUAAAUUGUGAAUAUUUCAGAUUUGUACAGUAUAAAAGAAACUAUUGGUACUACUAAUGAACUAAGAUGAGCUGCCAGAGGUUCAUGCAUGUUUUGAGGGAAAUAGAAUUUUUAAAUAUGUGAAAGAUUUUUGAUAAAUGGCAAGUAAUCACUAAUGAAUGUUCAUUACAAAUAUAUAUAACUUAUUUUUUUUAUUCUGGGUACUUGGUGUAGUGUUGAGGUUUUUUUUUUAUGAAAAGGAUUUUGCUGACUGAUGAAAAAGUAUAUUUGCACAUUGGGUUUGGAAGAGAAUAUUGAAUGAAAAGUUUUAUCUACUUUUUUAACUUUUAAUUUUAAUAAUGAACAAACUAAUACUUUGACCUUGUAGAAAAUCCAGAGCUAAUUAUUUUUGUUUCAAAUUCAUCAUUUUUAAAAGGGAUAUUGAAAACCUGUGUUUUUUUUAAAGAAAUUUGUGACAAAAAGUCAUUGUGAACUGAAGGCUAUGUUAAAUAUUUUUUAAAUGUGUAGAUGAAAACAAUUAUCGAUUAUGUUGUGUUCUUACAGCAUUUAAAUUUUUUUUUAUUGUUUUUUUUAAACAGACCGAUUGACUGAAAAUCCAUUGAAGUUCUUUUUUCUCAGAAAUGUAAUAUUGUAUAGUGUGUAAUAUCUUUGUGUUGGUGAAUCUAUGUAUAAUUAAUUAAAGCAUAAUUUUAUGGUCCUUUAAAUCGAAAGAAUAUGGUAUAUAAUGUUUGGACCGUGGCUUGUAGCAUACUAACAUUUAACUAUAAAAAUUGUUAUCUUUAAUUUGUUAUCUUUAUAGUGUUUUAAUGUUUUAUUUUGACUUGUGAAAGUAAGUAGUUGUCCAAUUCAGAUCAUUUAGCUUUAUAUCGUCUGCAUUUCAUAUUUUAGCUUCCUUUCCAACAUAUUUUAUUCUUGUUGUAAGUGUUACUGAACUGUUUUAUUUAAUGACUUAGUUGCUGUAUCCAAACAUGUAUAUUUAGUUAUUAAGAGUGGUUUUAUAAGUGACGGCUAUGAUUUUGGUUUCAUAACUUAAUUAAAGACACCAUUACCUGAUAUAAAAUUAGUUAAUUUUGAUUUUAAAAAAUACACAUAAUUCUAGGUGGCUUUAUGUAAAUAAAUAUUGCUAUUAAAUUAAAUACCAUUCACUUAAAGAAAGAAUUUGAAAAAUUACAAUAAGAAAAUGUAAAUCAAGUGUUUUGGAAACGUAAAAGAACGGUGAAACAUUUUUUAAUUCAAUUUUAAAUAUUAUAAUUAUUGGAAACGAUAACUGGUUGGUUUUGAAAUAAAUGAUACCACAGAAAAUAUAGUAACACUACCAAAUAUUGAUCUCAAUAUAUUUUUGGGAGAUGAAACAUUUGAAAUGAUGAUACUCCAUUUUUAUUCAACCAUCAAUAAUUUAAUUAAAAAUACAUCUAGUGCUUAAAAAUCAUUUUAUAUUGACAAUUGUGCAGGUCAUUCCACUCAAUCCUAACUUUUUAUUUCAUAUUUGUUAUUGCAUUCUUGAAAAUCGGUGUGAAGUUUAUCAGUGUAUAUUUUCACUUAAAAAUAAUGAGUAUGAGCUGAUACUGUUAUCAAUUUUAAUUGUUAUAUAUUGAUGUCAAAUGAUUCAAACACUGCUGCACAAAGCUUAUACCAAUUUUAAUAAUUAUAUUUUGAUGUCAAAAGAUUCAUGCACAAUUAUUCAAAGCUUUUACUAAUUUUCAAACAUUUUACUGUGUUGGUGUAAAAUUAAUGUUGAGAAAACCUUUACAGAAGUAUUCCAAAGAUGAAUAAUAAUGGUACUGUACUUAUAUUCAGUGCCUUCAAAGUUCACCUUGAUAGUGUAUAGGUAGGAAACUUGGCUAUGACUCCUGGGUACCUAGAAAAGCUGAUCCAUGGUUGGUUUAUUGAUUUAUUGAUUUAAUUCAAAACCAGAAGAGAAAUGAUAGUCAUGGGAACAUUCAUCAGUUGUCAUCUGCUCUUUGCAAAUAUCAUAAACUAUUAAUAUUGUACUACUACAUGUUGAUUGUGAUUGCACAGAACCAUGAGUUUCAAGUUCAGUUAAUUAGAUAAUUCAUGUGCUUAUAUUUUAAAUGUCAUCAUAGAUAUGUUACUACUCUUAGGGUUCAUUCCUUGGUAAAGAUUUUGCCUGCUGAUACACUGUAUUCUAGUGGCAUCUGCCAGUGGCGUAUCUAGAAUUCUUGAAGUGGGGGUGCUGGGGGGGGCACGCAAAGGUGAAGUGGGGGCUCAAUGAUCAGUUGAGGGGCGAUAACUUGCAAAAUAGGUGAUUUUAGGUGAUUUUUAACUACUUUACCUUGAUUUUCGGGGAGGAGGGGGGGGGUGGUGGUGGCCGUGAGUAAUUUUUGGAGGGGUAUGCACCCCCUGCUCAUGCCCUAGAUGCGCCGCUGCAUCUGCCUCCAGUGCACUAAACACCUGUGUUGUUUAAGAUGGUCUUCCCUGUAGAUCAGUUACUAUAUUUUAGUGAUGAACAAAACUCACAUUAUGAUCACAAAUACCACUCGGUGUAUUUAAAACUUUGCAUUUUAAAUCACCCCUUUUCAUUUGGUUAUUGUAUCUCAUUGAACACCAAUUUAAGGUAGUUUUUAAUCAAUGAAUUUUAGUGCUUACAGUAUAUAACUAAUGGCUUUGAUGUGUCAAACGUCUGUAAAAACACAAAAGAUGAGAGAAAAAUAGAUAUAUAAAUGAUGGCUCAGAGUUGUUGGAAACCUAGUCUAAAAGGGAAGGGAUUUUGGUUGUAGAAUGAUCAACAUACAAAUUAUAAAUGACUGUAUCUGUAAUAAAAUUAAGUCAAUUUGUAACAGGAUA